AUGGUCGCGCGGUGGAUCGUCCUGUUGGCGGUGGCGCUGGCCUCGGUCUCUGCCGAGCAGGGACCGCGUCAGCAGCUACUGCAGCGGCUGCCCGACCUGUCGUGGUCGCGUCUGUCGGCGCUGGAGCGCCUGGUGGAGACGAGCGGACACCUGUCCACCGAGGAGCUGCUGCGGCGCACCGGUACCCUGGAGCUGUACCAGGCCCUGCCGGAGGCCGACGGACAGCUGGACCGGCUGAACCUGCUGAUCGGCCUGCUGAUCGGACCGUACAUCACCCCGCUGGCCGCCUUCAGAGAGAUCUCUCCGCUCUGCCGCCAGCACAGCUGGCAGUACGUCACCAACAUCCUCGGCAUCAACAACACCUGGGCGCUGAUGAUGUUCGACUCUGUCGGCAAACUGCCCGACGGCAUCUUUGCUGGCAACACAAACCCGGUUGGCAUCUGGGACGAGUGUCUCAACGUGGAGGCAGUCAUUGACGGUAUCUGUGAGGAGGAUCACAUGUUCAAGGGCAAGUACUGCAGGCCUGAGUUCGGUUUGCUGACCAACGCGUCCGAAGAUGGCCAAGUCCAGCACUCACUGGCUGAGCUACACAACUGGUCUCCGGAUCCCAGCGGUCUCGGCAUUGAGCCGAUUUUGCCGCCGCUGAUCCACGUGUCGGGUCACACGGUGCUCAGCCAGCUGAUAGUCUCUGUGGGGCUCUGCAUCCCCUCCUCGUGCUCCGCCGACGAGCUCAGACUGGGCCUGGAGAAGAAGAUGCCCGGGGUGGCGGUGACGCUGCCCGACGGCAACUGCCAUGUUCUGGACCAGGAGACCACCUUCACCGGCGGCGACAUCGCCGUCAUGACGAUCCUCUGCGUCGUCGGACUUCUGAUGAUCGUGGGAACGUUCAUCGACGUUGUGAAGGAGAGCGCCGCCGAGGAUGGCGCCACCGUCAGCGUCGUUGUCGAUUCCAAGUUCAGGGCGCGAAUGCCGUCGACACUUCAAAAGGUUUUUCUGGCGUUUUCUGUGUGGACCAACGGCAGGAAGCUGCUCGACACAUCCAGUUCAACCUUCGUCUCUACACUAUACAGACACAUUGGAAACGGUCCGUUCUGGAGCAACAUCGCUGAGAACGGCACGCCGGAGGUUUGCAGCGAAUACUGGUGGAGGAAUUUGCUCUACGUCAAUAACCUGUUCGAUCCUCAGGAGCUGUGCUUGGGCCAAACGUGGUACCUGGCCAACGACAUGCAGAUGUUCAUCGCCUCGCCAAUCGUCCUGCUGCCGCUCUUCUUCUACCCGAUACUGGGCCAGAUCUGGCUGAUGUUCCUCAUCGCGCUCAACGUGUUCGUCACCGGCUACGUGACUGCCUACAACGACCUGGGUCCUCAAGAUAACGGCAACAACGCGACUCAGCUGCGCUACUUCAUGCCGUACUGUCGUUACGGCGCCUAUCUUGUGGGCGUUUAUACGGGCUAUUUCUUGCACGUCCGCCGCCGCUGGCCGCUGGAGCUCAGCCUGCCGGCCGUGCUGGCCGGGUGGACCGUCUCUGCGCUCACUGCCUGCUGCAUCGUCUACGGCAUGUACGAGUACUCCACGGUCCCGGCUCUCGCAGUACCGUCGCGUUCGGUGGCGAUCAUAUACGGCUCGAUGAACCGGCCCGUGUGGGCUAUGUGCCUGGCCUGGGUCGUCAUCGCCUGCGUCCACGGCUACGGCGGGUUCAUCAACACAUUGCUUUCGUGGAAGUUCUGGAUUCCGCUCAGCCGGGUAACCUACUGCUGUUACCUGGUCUCCAUUGAUACGCAAGUCUUCUUUUACGCCACGCUCAAGUCGGUACUCUACUUUGACCAGACGAAUGCCGUUUACCAGUUUCUGGCGACGCUGUGCAUAGCUGUAGCUGUUGCAACCGUCUUCUCUCUGGCAUUUGAGUCGCCGAUGCUGGCGCUGGAGAAGAUCAUCUUUGCCAACGUUGGCACAGGCGCGCCUAAAAAGAAACCAGUGGAGCCGGAGCCGGUGGCGUCCAAGCCAGAACUGGAGACAGAACUUGCGGAUGGGUCGCCACAAGAGGAAGUGGAAAAUAACUCCAGCUAG